UUUCAAAAGCGACUGUAACCCAUUGCAAGUUGCCCAGGUUACUCAAUUCGUAUUAGACCUGAACAUGACGAUCGUCACGCUGCUUUUUUGUUGGCUGGGGUUUACACAUUGCCUCGGUGAACCACACAGGCCUAUGUCUGUUCCUCUUUAAAAACCGGACAUAUCAACAUCAGGAACUAGACUGCAAAGUAUCAGCUGCAGUUUUUCACGACACAUAAUGAUGUUAUGACUACACUCUUGAUUGUAAGUGCGCACGGAUCAGACUGAUUAAACGGGUGAACUAGGGCUCCCUGGGUUGCAGUCAUCUACAGCCUAAUUUCUAGUAGCCUAGCGCGGGCAUGUAACAUAUUCGAACACUUUUUAAACUUCUAAGAGAACCAAGAUUCAAGUCAGCUAUGGACCCUGAUGAAAGUGUCCUUUCCCGUUUUGGACGGACGUUCUGGGCUGCCUUGGCCUACAUCACAGUCUCGGUGGUCAGAUUUCUGAGAACAGAACCUGACCCAGCGGGCCAGGACGGCCAACCCAGACAAGAUGAGGAAGAUGAUGUUUCUAGUGAGACGGCCGACCAGAAGUGCAGGGAGGAGCCCCCAAAGAGCGACUUGACCAGGACGGACACGGCUGUGCCCUGCCGCCUACCCACAGUUCCGUGGGAGAAGUGUGAAGUCGUCACAGAUCAUCGCCAUGACAGGGAAACAAAUGUUUACAGUGUUCAGUAUUCCAGAGUUAAAGGUGGAGAGUCUGGCCCGGAGGGUGAUGAACCAGAGCGAAAGAGUUUUGAUGUGAAAGAUCAUUUGAAGCCAGACCUUACUGCUGAGGGUGAGGAGGAGGAGGAGACGCAAGUCCAGGAUUCCAGUGUCCGUGAGGACCGUUGCAGAGAGACCAUGGACAUCCCCAUAAGCCACACAGAGCAUGUUAGGGACCAUGGUGACGAGGCUGGCACACUGGCUCCAGAGGAGCAUGAUGCUUUGAGAACCAAACUCGACGGUUUAGAGAUGAGUGACGACUCCGCUGCAGGGAAUUCUGGGAUUGCAGUAAGAAGUGAGCUCUGUGGCUCAGGUGAAGUUGACGGUGAGGUCAGAGGUCAGAAAGACUCACAGGAAGAGGAAGUGAUGGAUCAGGAAGUGGAUCGUGGAGAUGACCCAGAAGCAGAAGCUCCACAGUCCAGUGCCAUCCACGCAGAACAAGGCGAGACAGUGGCCAGCGUCCUCCUCACUGAGCAAAGAGCCCCCGAGUCACAUGCCAGCCUUGCCAGCCAGGAGGAGACAGCGCCCGAUGCUGCCCAUCAAGACCAUGACGCACCACUGUCCCUCACCACGCACACAGACCAAGAAGAGGAAAUCCACGCACUGACUCACAGACUGGUGGAGGCGGUAGUGGCGUCAUCAGUUGAAUGUGUAAAUAAUGAAUUAAAAACGCAGGAUCGCCUGGAGGAAGUGCAUGAUGAGAGUCAUGCACAGGUAUCAGUGGCCAGCCUCACCUGUCCAGACCAGGUGGACAGCGCACACGACCUGAGGGGACAACAGGAGCCGACUUCAAAUCAACCUGUUGAACCACUGACUAUAUGGUAUGACGGAGAGGCAGGGCAAGAUACUGAAGCUGUACAUUCAUCUGGAAAUGAAGAGCGCAAACGUGGGCCGCAGGGAGAAGGAGAGAGAUCAAGAGGCGAAAGGAUUGAUGAGCCUGCUGAUGAUCAACUUUCAUGGGAGAACACGGAGGAGUCAGGGGAGGAAGUAGAUGAUGACGAUGACAAACAACGUGAAGAAGACGACAAAGGGAGAGAGGGCCAAAAAGCUGAGGACUUGGUGGAGGUGCUAGAACAGGAACAGGAAGUAGAAUUGCAGUUACAAGGCCAAGUCACAGAGUGUCAUGACAGUGAUGAGCAUCUGUGUGGAAAAGUGAAAGACUUUGUGAAGGAAGAGAUGAUGGUGCUGGAAUCAGUUUGUGAAGAAGAUGCCACAGCAGAAGUCAGUGAUAACAAAGAGCUGUGUGAAGGAGUGGAGCACAUUAGCUCUGAGGAAGACUAUGGAGACAGAGAGAUGAAGGAGCACAGCAGGAAUGACAACGCAGCUGCAAUGUUACAGGAUUUACCAACAGCAGCUGGACCGGUUACUGUGACGGACACAACACACACCAUUUCAGAGGUGAUCAAAGAGGACCUACUGCUAGUUAGACAAAGUGCACAGGAAAUGAACGCAAACCCACAGGAAAUGAUGGAUGUUGACAGUGAGGUCACAGAUAUUACCCUGGACGCUGGUGCAGAGGAACUGAGAGGACAAAAAGCAGAACCACUGAAGGAGGAGAGGGUGGGAGGAGAAGAGGAGGAAGAAGAAGAAGAAGAAGAAGAAGGAGGAGGAGGAGGAGGAGGAGGAGGAGGAGGAGGGGAAGAAGAGGAAAGAGAUGAGUUUGAAGGUUUGAGACCCACAGAGGAAUCAGAGGAUGAAGGAGUCUCCAUUGACCCCGAGGACACUGAUGUCCAGGAGGCACAUGAAGGAUGGCACUCUGAGGAAGGUGAAACCGAUUUCACUGAUGACUUCACAUCGCCUGUCACAGAGGCCAGUGAUGCCUUAUUGUAUGAGGCAGAGUUGGAGCUCAUUGAGACCGGGACAGAUGCUUCACUCCUGAGGGAAGACGCAGACUCGACUUCCACAGAGGCAGACCUAACCAGCGGACCCAAACACACAGGGUUGGACACACCCUGGGAAUCACAACUGGCACUGCAGGAAUCUGAAAUAGCUGCAGGAUCAGGUUACACAGAGAAUGGCCACGCAUCAGACAUCCUUAGAAAUACUCAUGAUGACAAUGUUAUGGCUGACACUGAGUUUGUGCCAUGUGGUGCGCCUGAAGAGAUGACUCUUAUGGACAUGUCUGUAUCAAAUCCAGUGUCUGAAUCAAUACAUAGACAGCAAGAGGAAGCAGAACUUAAAAUAAAGAUGCAAUUAUCUAAGGAAUCAAAAUCAUUGGAUGAGGGGAGUGAAUUAGAGCUCAAGGGGUCGACCACAGCAACACUCACAGACUUGUCAGUUGAAGAGGAAUUGAUGGAGUCAGAUGUUAUAUUUACGGCAGAGGCUGAGACGGAUGAAAACCCAGAGCUAUCUGAGGGCCCCAUGGACCCAAAAGCACCACCAGAGAGCAUCAUCCCAGAGUCUGAGAGAGAAUUUGGAGAAGAAUCAGUUCACACUGGCAGAACUCAAGUGCAGGAGUUGUGUAGAACAGGAUCCAUGAGUAGCGAUGAGGACAACGAACACAGAGAAACUCAGGAAGAAUUAAGAGCUUCAGAAAGUAACCUGGUAGAAAACAAAAGCGAACUGCUAGAAGACAAGGCAGGAAAUGAAUCUGCACCAGUGGCGGAGUGCCAAACAGAUAUGAAUGAAGAAGCUGAGUUGGAAGACACAGUGCCAGGAGAACGGGAUGGAAUCACAGCAGCAGGACCAGAUGACAUGGAGGAAGACUUGCAAAAGGCUUUAUCAGAAGACAUGGCAGGACUAAAUGAAGAACCAGAUGUUGAAGACAUGGCAGGACAAAAUGAAAAACCAGAUGUUGAAGACAUGGCAACCAUAGAGGUGAGGGAUGGAGAGGCGACACACCUGGAUGACAGGUUGCUGAAGAGAAAGCUGGAGCGUGCUGGAGCAGAGGAAGAGGCGCUAGAAGAUGAGCCAGACGUCACAGCAGGGCCAAAGCGGUCCUCUUUGGACUUCUCUGUCCAGAAGUCUCGCAUCGCAGUGAAGAACCCUCUGGUCCGCCCUCCCAAAGACCCACGCAGCCUCCUGAAUCUGGCCUCUCUGCAGCCCACCCCCAGGGCCCGUCCUCGGCAGGACGCCCUCCCUGGUGACCCCAACAGAAAGCCUCCCGCACGCGGGGUGCCCCCGGGAGGGGCUGGGGUCAUGGGUGUCAAGCUGCCUGGGUUAGGAGCUGGGUUUCCUGUGUUGAGAAAAACCAACAGAGAGCCGAAAGAGGAAGAGAGGGCCCAAAGCUCACUAUCACAGAAAUCUGACUCAGAACAGAAACAGACAGAGGAUGCGGCAGAGGAGGGGCAGACCAAAAGCAAACCCAAGUGGACGCCACCAAAGCAUGCCAUAGGGAUGGGGACGCCUUUCAUGAUGGCUGAAUUGAAGGGAAAACUGAGGAAGUCCCCCGAAAAAUAAGAGAAUGACCUGUGGCCAGAACUGAUGAAGUUUAACUGCAUGUCAGUUUGUUGUUGAGUGCUGGCAAGCUAUUUCUUAAUCAGUUACUUUGUGAUGGGUCAUGCCUUCUUUUCAUGACUUGAAUAAAUCAUAAAUGCCAAUGUAACUUUACUUUACUAGUGUUAAAUAAAUAAAUAAAUAAAUGAAAAAAUUGGAA